UGCAAAUAAAUUUGCAUGACUACAUUCUCAGCUGGAAAUGUUGCCAUUCAAAUCAGUUAUGGUUGGAUCAUGGCUGAAUGUGCUUCAGUAGUUCAGGACAUACAUUCAGAAAUUAUUUGGUGGUGUAGUUGUGGUGAGCAGAAGAUAAUGACGAGUCUUGUGAUGGUUUCAAAUCUGAUUUAUGGAUCUGAUGUUAUGACGGAUCUCCUGACCAUCCGUGAGAAAGGUGUCGUCAUCGGUCUGCUAGAACCUCACUGUAAGUUGGUGAAAUCUACAGUAGCCCAGAUACUGCAGGCCAAAGACAUCGAAGGUGAGAAUCCAAGCUGGAUCUGUUUCGACUGUGGUGUGAUUUGUCUUGUUGAGGAUAAAUCCAGGCGUUCCUAUUUCCUACGUCUCUACUGUGUCAAGCGAGCCAAGUUACUGUGGGAGCACGAGUUGUACAUUCCUUUCACGUACACUGCAGCUCGCGCGUUCUUCCACACGUUUCCUGCAGAUGGCAAACAGAUGGGCCUCAACUUUGCAAAUGAGAUCGAAGCAGAAGAAUUUUAUCUUGCAGUUGAGGCAACACAUGAAAAAAUGAUCAGCAUGAUUGCCACAGCAAAUGUGAAAACAGCCUCAACAAGUGACUCACCUGAUUUAGGAUCUGAAACUGUUGAAAGUUUGGAUGAGGAGAAACAUUUCCUCAUGGAUGCACUUUCCACCACAGUCCCUCCAACCACAAGUUCAUUUAAAGAUCUGGAUCCUGCUAUGAGGAAGCUGCUAAUGCGGGCAAGACUCACUGAAAAAGACCUUAAAGACAAGGAUGUUGUUGAGGCUGUUGACCAUAUCAUCAACCAGUUUGGUGGACUGAAAGCUGUGCAGCAAGAGUUGAGCAACAGAGGUUCUGUGUCUCAGACAUUGCCAAGAGCUGCAGGGGCGUCCAUCUCCCUGGCUCUGAGGAAAGGAUCUUUGCCACCGUCCCCUCCAUUAAAGAUAGUAGGAGGGGGAGGAAAGGAAUGAGGGAGACCGAGAAAAGGGGAGAAAGUUAGAGGGGAUGAGGGUAGUAGAAGUGGGGUUACAGAAGAUGAAUGGGGAAGGGAGGCUGGGAAAAACGAGGAAAUGUCAAGACAAAUGAAAUGGAGUCUGGUUGGAGGAGACAGAGGGAAGGGGUAAUAGAGGUGAGGUGGAGAGAAAAGGGGAUGAUGGAAGUAGGGUGGAGUGAUGCAACUGAGAGACAGAAGAAGGAUGGCAGAGAGGAUGGGGGAGAUAAAGAACUGAAAUCCCAUUGUAGCAGGUCCAAUAAUUUUGGAAAAAUCUUAACUCACUGUUGAAGCUAUUUAUGUCCUUUACUGUGAGACUGUGCAACCUUCGAAUAAAAGAAUCUUUCAGAAGACACUCUGAGGAUGUAAUAUUUGGGAAUUUACACCAUGUAAACACACAUGAAAACAAAAUACCUGGUUCCAGGGGAAGCAAGAGGGGUCAAAGCCACCUCUGAAAUCUCACUGGGCCACGCCAGAUCUAAUGGGUCCACUUCAUUCACUGAACUCCAAUGUCUAAUUUAGAAAUUAAUAUACAAAUGUUAAAAAAAAUAAAAUAAAAAAAAAGUAACCUUAAGAAAGUUUGUUCCUAAGGAAUCUGUGACAUUUGUUGGGUUUUCAUGUAUAUUUCUGUAGGUUUGUAACUUUUGUUCUAGGUUAAUUGAGGUUCAUCUCUAUAAUAUUAAUGAUACUGUAAGAUGUUGUAGUAAAUCUUGAAGUAAUUUUAUCAUUAACUUGGCUUCACUGUUGCCAUGGCCUGGUUUUGACUGCACUCUGUAUUAUCUACGUUCCAUAGCUGAGGAGUCCCUGUUAUCUUCCGCUCUGUCAGAUCCUCUUCCUCCAUCCACCUCACAGUACCCUCCACCCGCCUCAGCACCACGGGGAGCAGGGCUUUCAGCUGCUCUGCUCCCAAACUCUGGAACUCACUCCCACCGGACAUUCGAAAUAUUGACUCUCUGCCUCUUUUCAAAUCCAGACUCAAAACACAUCUGUUCAAGACUAUUUAUUCUCUCUAGCUGCCUCUUUCCUUAUGUAUGCUUUUUAUCUUUAUGUCUAGUUUUUAUCUUUCUGUAUGGUUUUUAUCUGUUUUGUUGUAUUUGUUUUUCCUGUAAAGCGACCUUGGGUGUCAAGAAAGGCGCUUACAAAUAAAAUGUAUUAUUAUCUUCAUGAGAAAGCUAAGAUCACAAUGUUUGAAGGACGAAAGCUACACGACACGUAUUGAGUUGUUCGAUUCUUUGGUCAGAUCUCUGAACACUAUACUGGUGUAUGAGCUCUGCCCUCUCAGCUGAAAUAUUCACUUUGAUUUCAUUAUUCUCUAUUUAUUUUAAUAAUAAUACCAAAGACAA